UCUUUCAUCCAAACGCAAAGACGCUCAGUGUUAAAAGCUCAUUAAUAAUCAUUUGCAAAGAGGAAGAACUUGGUUUACCAUUGGAAGCAACGCCUGAGCUGAAUAAGGGGAAUGCCAGACAUAUUGCAGAACUAAGGAAAAUAAUUGUGAAAUUUCCAAGUUGUGUUUUCAUUUCUUAUCUUCUUCCUUCUCCAAAGAAAUUAUUAUUUUUUCACUCAGUAAGGCAUCUCUAUUUCAGGGAUUUAUAUGUCUGCUGGAGCAUUGACACCAUUUCCUGUUCCCCCAGAAGAUUCACCCAGUCAUUUGGAUGAUGAUGAUUAUGAUGAUGGUAGUGCUGUAACAAUAUCUUUACCGGCAAAAGCAAUGGAAAAGAAAGAAGCUCCUUCCAUCUGUAAACCUGCAAAAGAGAAUAACUCUAGAAAGCUUCACAUACCCAUUCUCUAUGUCCUAGUAGCCAUAGGUUUUGCAACAUGGAUUACUUUCUUUUUCUUGGUCCUGGAGAAAUACUCAGAAAUUUCAGAGAAGAUAGAGAACUUAAACCUAAGCAACUCAGAGAAGUUUGCAAAAAACUCAGAAAUUUCAGAGAAGAUAGAGAACUUAAACCUAAACAACUCAGAGAAGUUUGCAAAAAUGAUGAAAGACCUGGAUUAUGUUAAAACAACACAGUUGAUGGCUGAACAAUAUUCAAGUAACAGGUUCACUGAAACUGAGGACAUUUUAGAAUCUGUCUGCAGCUGGGGAAAAAUCACAAUUGAUCAUUCAUGUCCCUACCGUUGGAAGCAUCAAAGGAAAUAUUGUUAUUACUUUUCAACUGAAAAGACAAACUGGACUAAUGCUUUGUCGAAUUGUAUUAAUCGUAACGCAUAUCUGGUUAGCAUUUCAUCUGAUGAUGAACAGGGUUUUCUGACAAAUAACCUCAAUGAAGUUGACUAUUGGCUGGGUAUGAGUGAUUUAGAAGGAGCGUGGAAGUGGAAAGACAGUGGUAUGCUAAUCAGUACAAGUUUUUGGAAUCGAGGAGAGCCAAGCAAGGAUGAGAACAAGGACUGUGGGAUCAUGUAUCCCAAUGGAACAUGGGCAUCUGCUGUGUGUUCUGCUCAAAAUAGGUGGAUUUGCAAAAAGAAAUUGAUCUGCUGAAACAAUUCUUUUAGUUGUGUGCUCCUGAUACAGGAUUUAUAUAAUCAGUUAUGUACUGAAGAUGCUUAGUAACCAGACAGAAGUUAGCAUGUUCUUAUCAUUCAUAUUGUGAUGCACAAUUCCAUAUUUGCCCAUAUCAAAAUGUAUAGAUAAUUGUAUGAUUAAAUAGUUCCUUCUCUGCAGCUGAUCCAUAUUUCUCAUAGUUCGCAUAAUAAAACUUGGGGCAGAGCAACAGGUAUACUUUCCUGUAGUUUCUUCAUAAAUAACAAAAAAUUAGACACGUUAAAUUAAUGAACUAAUAUAGUAGGCACUUUGGUCCAUAGAAACAUUGUCAAUUCCUGCCCUCCAGUCACCUAUAAUAAUGGGGCACUCUGACAGAGAGCAUAUACCCAGUGUUUUUAAAAUGGUGCGGCUACAAUCCUAAUUAUUCAUGAAUGUCGCAUGAUAAUAGUCAAGGCAAUGAACACAUUAGUUUCAGGAAAAUUCCCCAAACAAAACUCAGAAAGUAUGAUUCCUUGUAUAAAAACCAGGAGAAAACUUUUAGAACUUGAAGUGGUCAGGCUGCCCAAAAAGCCACUCAUCAGCUUGAGUUUUAGUUGUAUGUGAAAUAUUAAAGAUUUUAAGAAGCGCAGGUUUCCCCCCCGCCCCUUCCUUAAUUAUAUAACUUUUAGCCUCUAGGGUCACACACAUGUUCCAUUCUUGAGAACUGCCCUAGCAUUCCCCUACCAUUUACAUAUCCCGCUUCUUCCACCUCACUUGCACAAGCACUCAUUAAGCUGCUUCUCAAGCUCAAUUGCAAGGUGGUAGUGAAAGUGGAGUGGGGAAUGCAAGAUGCAGUUUUUGGAGGUGCAUGUUUAAAUAUAUUAUCAAGACAGAAAAAGAAGCAGCAACACUGUGAAGCACUAGUUGCCAACUUGGGUGCUUGCAGAUCUGUAGACUUUAGCUUCCAAAAUUCUCUGCAGUGGUCUUGCAGACUGGGGAAUUCAAGAAACGACACACUUGGGGGAAGAUUGAUGUCAAGGCAAACCCAAAAGAAAGGAGGUUGUACAGAACUAAACUUGUUACUCUCUGCUCUAAUCUACUCUCAAAUGCCAGUAAUCAUCAGUCUAUUCUUUUUUUAGGAGGUCUUUAGAAAACAGUGCAAAUCAAAACAAUAAUAAUAUUGAAAGGGAGUAAUUAUAUUAGUUUAAAUAUGCUAUUAUGUUUUUCUCUCUGCAUAGAUAGCAGCUCAGCAGUAAGAUACAUUGCUGUUGAUUUUGAGGGGGGGGAAGCAAAUUUACUUUCAAAAUACCCACUGUAUGAAUGUUUUCAUAAUUUUGCAUGGGAAAUAUGCAAGUCACUUGAUUUUUUUAUAGUCAGGGUUUGCUCUCCUUAUGCUUUCCUAUGCAUAUUCUGAAACUAUUUCUUUCUCAAUAGUUUAAUAGAGUAGUUCAUUCUUUGAUAUUCUUUGGUAGUAUUUUUAAAUUAAUCUUUUAGUUUUUACUUCACAUUUGACAAAAAAGGGCAUUCAAAUAACCUGUGAGUUGAUUUAAAGAGUAUGUAUCUUUAUGUAACAAAGGUUCAUGCCAAAUCAAUGUAUUCUCACAUAUAUUUACUUAGAACUAAAUCUUACUUCAAUAGAGCGAACACCUAAGUAAAAGUGUUCUAUUUAUUUGGAAAUAAGCAGUAUUGGGAGAGACUGUGCUAUAAAACUAGAGUGUUUAACAGCUCUGUCAUAGAACAAUAUAAUUAUGCUCCCCAAAGUUCCAUUCCAGUUUUAUGGAACAUGAAGAUUUUAGUUAAUUGCAUUUUUAUUCCACAUAACCUAAAUAAGUACUGUAACUGUAACAUACCAUAAAGAAGUAUUUAACGUUUGAAUGUAUAUUGAAAAACAAAAUAUAACAGUUGACACUUCCAGGCUUCCAGGCACAGGAUGAAUUUAUCAGGUGUUCUAAGUUCACUCCUGAUCUGAAUCAGAAUAUAGGGAUUCACCACAUUAGAACAUGCAUAUUAGUUAAUCAAAACCAUUCUUGUUGGUUCCACAACCAAGUCUCUGGAAUGUAGUUUUAGAUAACUUUCCUACUCUAAAGAGGUUCUCUAGAUAAUAUCCUUAAUUAAAAACCAGGUAUCUCCAGGAAGCACUUCAAGAAACAAACUUGGUAAUAGUUCCAUUAUCUGUUACCAAACUCUAGAUAAAUCAGGUAUCAUGAUCAAUAAUUUGAUAUGUUUAAAUAUCUUGUAAUCUACUAGAGCUAAAAGCUGCACCAGUUUCUGGGCAUUUCAAGUUGUCCAGUUUAAUAUAUUUCCUUCUAGUCUCUGAACUGCAUGGAUCAAUGCCAGCAUAAUUUGCUCUGUCCUAAUAGUCAAUUCCUACUGUACCUUUGGUAAUGAGGGUCCUGUGUGACAUCCUGACAGUUUACUGCAGGAUACGAUAAGGUACGGUGAGUGAUAGAUUUUCUGCCAGGUUGACAAUAUUCACCAAUUGUUCUCCCUAUUGUGGGAUGACUAGGGUAAGAGGUGGGUUUUUAUAGAUGGCUAGACCCAUGGUUGUGGUAAGUGGAGGCUUACCUAUAAAGCAUAGUAAAAAAUAUGAAGGAAGAAUGGUUACAAUUAGCCUGACCAAAGCUGUGCUUCCCCAACUCUCAAAGUCCAGUUGCAGUUGCUUGAACUGGGAACAAACAAGGAUGUAUGAUAAGCUAGCUAGACAAUGGAUAGAAGCAAGAAUUAGUGAUAAGCUAGUAAAAUGAAUUAUAUUAGCCUUUGUAGAACACUCAACCUUUGUAAAACGUUCCUUCAUAUAUCAUGAAUUUGCAACUUGACUCUGUAUGCAUGUUAAGCUUUCAUUUUCAACUAGGUAGGUUGAGUUGUUGCUUGCCUCCAAUACUGUGCAUUUAAUAAAGUAAGAUUUUACUCCAAACAAAA